AUGUCAACACCAAGUCUCAGUCCUAGAUCCUCUAAUGAGAGUCUGCAGAGUACCUCUUCCGCUUUUUCUUCCCCAGACAAGCUUUCGCCCACGGUUACAGGCCCCAUGGUAUGGGAAGGGGCCGAGCUCACCCCGACCAAGUAUGUUAUCCAGCUCAGCAACCGUGAGAUCCAGGACAUCCGUGCUGCCGUCAUCAAGGUCAAAAUCGCCGGAACCCCAAGGUCCGAGAUUCGGCCAGACACGUUUGACUUGGGAAACUCGGAGCUAGCCGGCAAGCUCUCAUCAGUCAGCAAAGAGCUUCACCAAGGCCUAGGUGUCGUGGUUCUGCGAGGCCUCGAUGCUGCCAAUUUCAAUGAUGAAGAGGCAAUCAUCGCUUUUGCUGGUGUAUGCUCGUACAUCUGCCCAGAGCGAGCGACCGACUCUUACGCCAAUCAGACUUUGAGUAAGUUCUCAGCCAUGUGCAACGAAAGUGAUUCUAAUCAUUUGUUAGGCCACGUUCGCGACGCCACCAAAGAUGCUGUGCCCAGAUGGGCGAAAGAUAUUGGCCUUGCCGGCUCGAAGAUCACUACUGCGAUGGACUUCCACAGCGAUCGGUUCUCCGGUGACAUUCUGGCUCUUCAUGUACGCAACGACGGGGGCGCGGGCGCUGGCGGCGAGCAAUACAUCGUGAGCUUUUGGAAAAUCUACAACGAGCUUCUAGAAAAGGACCCAGAGGUUCUAGAGACCAUGGCCGAGGCAAACUGGCCUUUUGAGCUAAAGCAGAAGGACAAGGCGCCUUACCUCGAGCUAGGACCGACGCUCCUGUUCUCAAAGGGCAAGCCCAUGUGCCAGCUUGUCAAAGCGCCGCUCCUUGGGACCCCUUUGAUCCAGCGGGACCCUUCCAUGCCUGUCGUUACAGCAAAGCAGAUGCAUGCGAUGCAUGCUGUGGAAGAGCUGGCAAAGCGAUUCUGCACUACGGUGGACCGCCAGCGAGGCGACAUUCAGUUGUUCAACAACUUGAGCAUUAUGCACGCUCGUGGCGCAUACCGUGGCACAAACAACAAGGCUAGCACUCGCCAUCUCUUGCGAAUGUUCCUUCGAGACCCCGAAAAUGCAUGGGAGAAGCCGGCUCGGUUCCGCAACAAUUUUGACGAUCCUUUCGCCCUGGGUCGGCCGCAGAACCUUCCUGUUCUCGACAACGAUCCAUGGCGUCUCAUCAGCGGCCGCGAGAGCCACGGUUAG